AUGGCUUCAACUGCUAGCUCCGACCGCCCAGUCUCCUCCAGCAAGCCGGCCGCCGCCCGGAUCAACUCGCACGAUGCAUCACAGAGCCGCCAGACGAGCGCGAGUACACAGCUGCCGAAGCGCGCCCACACCUUUCACAAUGACGGCGCCACCCAGCGGCCCGAUGCGUUUGAGACGUCCGAGGAUGCAGACGACCACGACGAGGCGGCUGACACGGGCAGAAACUCCGUCGACCUCGACGAGCUGCCCAUCGAGCUCGUUUCCCUUACAGACAGCUUCAUUGAAUCGCUGAGUGCCAAGGUUCAUUCCACACCACCCAAUAUAGACAAGCUGUCCCAGCUCUUCCAAGACUUCUACGCCCUAGCUUCCUCUCACGUCCAGACUCACAUUAGCGCGCUGGCAACGCGGCAGCGUCGUGGCCCCUCGCCGAGCCCCUCUCCCUCUUCGAUAUCCUCUGCCGCCAGCCGGUUACGCGCCCGCACCGCAUCGCUCAAGUCCAAGGACAGCAAGCACCUCAAGGCCGAGGCCGAGCAGCAAAUGAUUACCCCCGACGAGCUCGCGGACCGGAAAAGGGCACGCAAGGCACUCGAGGCGAAAAAGGGUCGUAUUGAGGAGGCCGCCGAGCGGCGCCUGUGCGAGGCCAUCUACGGCCGGAUAUACCGCCACCGGAGCACUCAAGACGAGGCGCAAGACGACAAGCUGCGGUCCAAGACGGCCGCGCUGGCGCUCGUCAACAUUGGUCUGACGGAUCUCGGCAUCGACCUCGGCCAAGAUGACAGCGACGACACCAAAGACGGGUCCGCGCCGACGUCUCGCGACGAGGAGAUUCGCGCGUCGCUCGAGCCCGCGCGCCGGGAGCUCGUCGCCAUGAGCGACUCGCACUACCCCCUCGGCAAGAUUAACCACCUCAAAGCCGUACACAAGAGCAUCGUCGACACGCUGUCGCGCUUCCAGCCCUCGGCGUCGGCCGACGAGAUCAUGCCCAUGCUCAUCUACACGCUCAUCACGCUCCCGCCCGCGCACCUGCACGCCAUCAGCGACCUCCACUUCAUGCAGCGCUUCCGCUGGGAGCCCAAGCUCACCGGUGAGGCCGCUUACUGCCUGACAAAUUUUGAGGCCGCCAUCAGCUUCCUCGAGACUGUCGACCUUUCGACCCUCCGCGAAGACGAGCACCCCUCGGGCCCGCCCAAGGCCGCCGCCGCCGCCGCCGCCGCUGCCGGCGAAACCGCCAACAGACCGGAAACGUUCCCGCCAGCCUACACACAAGGAACCACUGAGACUAGCAAAGAAACCGCCACCGCCACCAAGCCCAUCACAUCCUCCGGGGGACUCAAGCCCGCCACGGUGCUGCGCAACCGCCGCCUCAGUGACCUCGUCAACACGCCCGCGCAGGCUUUUGGCGUUGCUAGCGGCGCCGUUCUCAGCACCGCUGACCAGGGUCUGCAGACAAUCUCAAACAGCCUCGGCGAGAGCUACUCGUUUCUCGUCGGCAAGUUGCGCGAGCGCCAGCAGGCCGCGCCCAAGGAGUCCAUCGUCGUGCCGCGCACCCUGGACGACGCCCGAAAGCUCGUCAGCACCCCGCCGCUCGGCGACGACGACGAUGCUGCCAGUGUCGACACCAUCGCAGAGGACGGCGCCGGCGCCGGCGCCGUCGUCCCAGCGCCGCAUGGCCGCGACUCGGCGGUCCUGACCCUCAUCGGCGGCCGCCGUGAUCCCAGCGCAGACAGCACGCGUAGCCGCCGCAGCACCGCGAGCUCCCUGAAAAAGGUGGAAUUCGCAAGCAGCAACGGCGCACCGCCCCUGUCGCCACUGACAGCCACUACCACGACGACGACGACGACGACGACGGUGGCAGGCGUCGCGCAGCAGCAGGGUGCUGCCAUGCUGGACCAGGUGCGCAGCCUCGGCAGCAGCUUCAACCCGAUGGCGCGCCUCCCGAGCAUGGGCUUCCGCGGCUUCGGUCGCGCGGCGGCUUCGACGCCACCACCCCCUGCAGCGGCGCCCAAGGAGGGCGGCAGCAAUAACAACAACAACAACAACAACAACAACAACAACAACAACAACAACAACAACAACAACAACAACAACAACAACAACAACAACAACAACAACAACAACAACAACAACAACAACAACAACAACAACAACAAGGUAGAGGACGGUGGCGACUUGAGCACGGCAUUCCCGGACCUGGCCGCCGCGCUGCCGCCCAAACCCAUCCCUAAGACCAUCCCCAAGAUUGCGCCUCCGAACAAGCGCUUCAUGGAGAUUAGCACUCCAGGCGAAUUGCGCCUCGGCGAGGUGCUCGAUCUCUUACGCGACUAUCGACGGCUUGCGGGGGCGCUGAAGAAUCUAGACGCAUUCGAGGAUAAAUAA